AUGAACAACCGCGGCGAUCGUCGACGUCGCCUUGCAAAGGCAUGCGAUCAUUGUCGGAAAGGCAAGGUCCGAUGCGACGGAACCCGGCCAGUUUGUGGACGGUGUCGGGGUUGCGGAAAUGAAUGCCACUAUGCAGAUGUUGACAAGCCCGAUCCACGUCAACGCCGAUCUAGAGUUCCAUCUCGAAACUCGACAGGUAUUACAAUUGGCGAGGAGACUUUUGACGGAGCUGGUGCUUCCUCAGCCUUGUUGUCAGACUCUGCAGUCGUCCAAACAGUCGCUCAUCCUCAGUUACAUCUUCAAGCCCAUGAUGAGCUUCACAGCUUCACAGAGUCAAGUCCCGCUCAGACUUUGGCAGCAACGGAUACAAGCCCUCGGGACACGAUAGUUGGUGGUCAUGGAGAUAUGCGCUACUUUGGUCCGCCAUCGGGCAUAUCCCUGGUGUCGACGGCCACUCCACGCAAAUCAGGACAGCAUACACCAGAAUCGUGGUCCAGAUGGACACACCCAUCUAUCGAGCCUUUGUUCACAAAGCGGGUCAUGAAGGCUCUUCCAUCUUGGACUGAGGCAUUCUCCCUUGUCAGCGAAUUCUUCACUCAUGAGCACCAAGUCUUCCCUUGCUUCAACGCACCAGCAUUCAUGUGCCUACUAGGCCAGCAGUACUCAGGUACAUGUACUGAGAGUCCAGCGUGGUGGGUCUCGCUCAAUUCUGUUCUUGCAAUCGCACAGCGUCGUCGAGCGGAGGCAGCUCAAUCAGCAGAGGCAGAGGAUCUAGCCUGGGCCUAUGCAUCAAAUGCACUUGCCGGGACAUGGGAUGUUCUCAUGCGUAGUACACAAUUGUCUUCUGUCCAAGCUCUGCUAGCCAUUGCCUGGUUCUUUAUCGGAACACCAAACCCGCAGCCCAGCUUCAUGCUCGUUGGUUGCGCCGUGCGUCUUGCACACUCGAUAGGCAUACAUGUCGAGAGUCAGGAUCCGUCUGUAAGUUCAGCAGAAGCAAAUAUGAGAAAGAAGGUCUUUUGGAUCGCGAUUUGUCUAGACCGGGAACUGUGUCUCCGAACUGGAAGACCCCCUUGUAACGAUCUCAACGCUGCCUACGUUGACCCACCAAUGGGUUCCUUGGAUGAAACGGAAAUCAUCAAGACUGUUGAGGGGCAUGAACUAAACCUCUUCAAAGGUCAGAUACAACUAGCCGCGAUCCAGAGCGCGAUUUACCAAGAUCUUCAUUCAAGCAAAGCCCCACCGAAUGGCAUUGCAGAUUCAGUGGCGGACUUACUGCAGAAGCUGGAGAAUUGGCGUACUGAAUUUGCACCGUCUCUCACUCAUGAUUCUGCUGCGAGGUGCGAGCAUCACGGGUUGAUGCGGUUGUACUUUUCCUACUACAAUGCCGUUAUCGUUGUGAGCCGCGCACAUAGUCUAACUUAUUGGGUGUCACCAAAUCAUCCGGAAAUGUCAGCCCUACCUUCAAAGAUGAGAGACUCCAUAGAGAAUUGCCUCAACGCGUCCCGAUGCAUUAUUGGAUUAAGCAAGCUUAUACCAGUCACAUGGAAGAGCUUUCACUGGGACGUCAUUCCAAUACCUAUGAGCGCUGUUGUUAUUCUCUGCAUCAUGACACUUCGAAAUCCUAUGAACGAGGAUGCGCGGAAUGACAUGGGUUUGGUUGGUGACGUCAUGCAAAUUUUCAGAACUCUAGACGAGGCAUACGGCAAUACUUACCUCACUCAGGUCCAAAAGGUCUGCCAAGAACUAUACAGAAAGGCUCAUUACGCUGUGCAAUCUUCAAAUGCACAACUAGUUGAGUCUAUUGAUGUAGAAUCUCCUGCUCUUCAAGCUUCCUCGAAUGCCAACCAGCAAGAAAGUCACCAGCACCAUACUGAUAAUAUGUUUGACUUCAAUAUGGAUGUCUUUGAGCAGACAAUGCCUUAUCCAGUUCCGAUGCUUUGGGACUUGGAUGCAUCACUAUGGACUGCUAUUAUAUAG